UUUAAAAAUAAUCGAUAGCGAAGGUUCGAGUUUCUUACAAAGCUCCUAAAAAUUACCAACUGCGUCCUUAACGUAAACAAAAAAGCCGGCGAAAUCGAAAAUGGAUCGUUUGGCUAAUGUUUUUUCCCAGCAGGAUAAAUUUAUAUCUCUAGAUGGAGGAUAUAAGGAUGAAUACGAAACCUUCAAGUCACUAUACUCAUUGCCAGCGGUAAAGCUUCAAGCAUUCCAGCAGCUAACAGUUAAACUGCUGCAGCAUUUCGAAAAGCCCCAUGAUAAGAAGAAGUGUGCUAUAAAAUCACGAAAAUUUCGUGAGGAAGGCAAUUUUGUGUUUAGAAGCUCCAGGUCGGGAUCAUCCCAGGACUCGGAAGGAAUGCUAGAGGCCUGCAAGCUCUAUACGGAAGCAGUUUUUAAGGCAGAGGAUGCUGUGGAUGAGCUAGCUUUAGCUUUUGCCAACCGAGGAAUGGCACUGCAGGAGUAUGGAUACUACAAGGAAUCCUACGAUGACUGUGCCAAUGCGCUGGAGUGUGGAUAUCCGGAAAAGUUGCGACACAAAGUUAUAAUGCGGCAGGCGCACUGUGCCUGGAAGCUGGAGAAUAUUGGGUUUUUAGAGGAGCAUUUGUUUUGCCUGGAGAAGAUGCAGUUGAACGAGACCUUCAAAUUGCAGCUGGAUGAUCUACAAAAUAAAUUACAGAAUCUUAAAAACCAAUCCAAGGAGGUGUUACCACAAGGCGGAGCACAUGAACAAGAUAUACAAGAAAUUGUUACAGAUCCUGAACAGCGUGGACGCUAUAUGGUGGCCAAGGAAGCCAUCACCAAGGGGAAAAUAAUUUUGUCAGAAAGAGCUUCCUGUUUUGUUCCCUUGGAACAGCGAUUGAUUUGUCAACAGUGUGCAGCCAGUUUAAUGUGUGCACCCAUACCCUGCUCCAAGUGUCAUAAGCGGGUUGUCUACUGCUCCAGGAAAUGUCGGGAGGCUCACUCAGCCAUUCACAGAUACGAGUGCGCCGCUUACCGAAAGAACAUUCUUAAAUUGCUGGGCGUUUCGCACUUGGCCUUGCGAAUGGUCUUGGUUUAUAUACCCCACAUGUUGCCUCAACUGCAGAAGAGCACCAGUGCCCAGGAGAUUUGGGAAGGAAUCUUGAAUUUGGCAAAGAUAUCGGAAUCCCCAGAAACUGUAACCGUCCCAGAGUAUUUACAAAGCCUGCGCAUGGUCAGCCAUUUAGACCAAGCAUCACAGUCUGAGCUUGUCUACCACACAUUGAGUGCCAAUCUGCUUCAAGUAUAUCUAACAGAGCACACCGACUUUUUUGAACAGUUUCGCUCCUCAUCAGCCAGCAUUAAAGAUUGGCAAGUGAUUACAUCAGCCCUGAUUCUUCGAUCCGCCGGUCAGCUACUUUCGAAUGGUCAUGUAGGCAAUGCCUUGGUGCCAUUUGUCUUCGAGCCAAAUGACUUCGCCCUGUUGCAGCCGGAUAUGUGGCAGAAGCCUCGCCACCUGAAGUUAGGUCAACUGCACAAUAUGGGCCACUUGGAGCUGAUAACGGCCAUCAAUUUGCCCUACUUAAGUCUGUGCAACCACUCUUGUGAUCCCUCUAUUCGAACAAAGUUCGAUGGUAAUUCCGUAGUUAACUAUGCUGCCAAGAACAUCUUAGCAGGAGAGGAGAUUUACAACUGUUAUACGAGGGAUUACAAAAACAGCUUAAAGGUUCAGCGUUCGGUACCCUUGAAGGAGGUCUACAAAUUCCAGUGUAGCUGCGUUAAGUGCACCCAAAGCAAUCCUGAUCAGGAUUAUCUUAAUUUCCAUCGGUAUCGCUGCGAAAAACCCAACUGCCGACAGGAAUUUCUCCCAAAUGACAAACUUCAACAAAAUAAUCUCAGCUGGUGGCUAACAUCAAACUCGGAUAAUUCAAUAAUUUGUACGGUUUGUAAGAAGCAGCAACAAUACCCCUGGUUCAAUGGAUUCCUUAACCUCAUCGAAGGCGACUCAGAAUCAAAAAUUUCGGAGCUUCUUAAGGCCUUUGAUGAUCUAGAUAAAUGGUAACUGGGUCAUCACAUUAUCAAAAGAAACUUUGCUAAAGAACUGGUGUCAGCCUGUUUUCUGGAAAUUGAAGUGGAUAUAAAUGUUCUUGAUGAACUUGAGUACAAAAAUUUGACAAGGAUUGUUCGAACACUACUAGAAGGCACUGCUGCUCAGUAUGGAGAUACCUCUAUGGAAUACAUUGCUCAGAUGACCUAUCUCUGGGAUCUUAUUGCUUUGAAGAAAUGCCAAAGCACUGAAAAGGAACUUUUAGAACUAAAGGGUAAGCUGGAAUAUCUGGCUACUGAGCACCGUGAAAUUUUUUUGAACUAUUACAACGAUUUUAUUGAGCAACAAUGUAAAUAACGAUAUACACGAUAUUAAAUUCACUAGUUUCGAGCUACAAGCAA